AUGGUCUCCCCGGAGAACACGAAUUGGAUCAUGGAGUACGGCCUGAUCGACGACAUCUCCGUUCCCGAUGCCAAUUUCUCAGUCCCGGUCAACGGCUUUUCCUGGCCCGUCCAAACCCUAAACGCCCCUCCUCCUUCUAAUGCCGCCGGUCAAAUUGAUGCAUCCUUUGGAGAUUCCGAAGGCCAGAAAGAAUCCAGUUCCAAGAAAAGGGGUAGAUCCGAGUCAUGUAGUGGAACGAGCUCGAAAGCAUGUAGGGAGAAGUUGCGUAGGGAUAGGCUCAAUGACAAGUUUCUGGAGUUAGGCUCCAUAUUGGAACCUGGAAAACCUCCCAAAACCGACAAGGCAGCUAUUUUAGUUGAUGCUGUCCGGAUGGUGAAUCAAUUACGCGGUGAAGCACAGAAGCUGAAGGAUUCAAAUUCAAGUCUUCAAGAGAAAAUUAAAGAAUUGAAGGUGGAGAAGAAUGAACUUCGUGAUGAGAAGCAGCGUCUUAAAGCAGAGAAAGAGAAGCUGGAACAGCAAAUGAAAACCAUUCACGCUCAACCUAGCUUUUUGCCUGCUCCCCCUGCUAUUCCAGCUGCUGCCUUUGCUGCAGCUCAAGCCCAAGCUCCUGGCAACAAGUUGGUACCUUUCAUUGGUUAUCCAGGAGUUGCUAUGUGGCAGUUUAUGCCGCCGGCUUCGGUUGAUACCUCACAGGAUCAUGUGCUUCGACCGCCUGUUGCUUAA